ACAGUGACGUUCCAGCGGGGAGAAAUCACAAAACAACCGUCCGUGUAGCAGGCAGCAGCAGUAAUUAUGAGUUGUGGAAAGAAAUCGUAAACCCUAGGUGGAUGCUGCUGUAUUACGCUGCUGUGAAUCGCUUGUGAAGGAAUAUUCGCGACGAAAAUGCCACUGUACCGGAACCGGCCGUGAAUAAGCCAGACUGUCCGUCGUGUUUCCCUGUGUUGAUGCUGGUUGCAGAAGUUGUGUGAGGAGAUGCUGAUCUUUCAUCUCCGCGGAAUUGAUGGAACGAAAGUGUGUGUCAUCGUGUGUGAUUUGUUUUCUCCGUGCCAGCCGCGUGUUGAACGUUUACAGUGAACAUUGAUGCUUUUGCGAUAGUGUUUUCGAACGUAUCGGUGGUGUGGUUAAUGAAUGCACGGGCAUUGACAAGUGCGGAGUACGGUGUGUGAUGGAAUUCGUCUAACUGCCCGAACGGGGUUCUACCUCAACCUUGCCCCAAGCAAGAUCCACUCAAAAAGCCACCAUGUCAUCGGCCGGUUCCACCAAAAACAAACCGAAAAAGAGCAGCAAUCUGCGCAUACUGUGGAUACCGGGGCGCAAAAAGCACAACCGGAAGGGUACGUACACGCCGACGAAGAAUGGGCUACCGCAGACGUACGGAAUGCAGCCACGGAAGAACGAAUCAUGGACGCUGGGCGGUACGAUGAAUCACAGCAAAAUCAUAAACGCUAAUUUCUAUUUUAGAGAUCUUCACGAGAACAACCUAGACGUGGCGACCAUUGUAACGACGACGGCCACCGGCAGUGCGCUCGCUUCGAUGGUGGCCGCAAACGGGCCUACCACCGAACAGCAGCAGCAGCAGCAGCAGCUUGAUCAACUGUCGCCGGAACCCUGCCCGUCGACCAGUUCCGGCAAGGGGCAACAUUCGCCCCAGCCCCAGAUAGUGGUGGGCACGAUCGAGCUUAACAAUCUGAAUGGCGAUAUCGCUAGCCACAAGCAGGAGAAGGAAAUCGGUACGAGCAACCAGUUCGAAACGCUCACCCUGAUCGACGAGGAUGACGAGGAGGAAAAGGAUCGCAACUGCUCGAACGCUCACUCGUCCUCGUCGCUGCUGUCCUCGAACAACGACAAUCGUUCGACGGAGGAAAACAACCUGCACAACGCAAACACGCUCUCGAUCGGUGAGCAGCACCGAAGCCGGAACAGGCGCCGCAGCAGCCAGAAGGAACGACGCAGUGCGGAGGACAUUGAUUCGAUCGAUCGGGCGGACAGUGCGGUGGACGUGACGCACGAGGAGGACCCGCGCGUGUUUGACGACGACGAGGAGGAGGAAGUGGUGCAGAACCAGCAGAAGCACCCCGACCACGUUACGACGGCUGCAGCCGCCCGGCGGCGCAAAAACAGACGGCCCCGAUCUCGACAGAAACGAACGCCCGUCCUGGAGCGGCAGGAUGUGGUGGAUGGGGACGAGGAACGGAAGGAACCGUACGAUAAAGCGGUUACCUGCUUGUACUGGUCGCUUGCCUGUUGGGAUUGUAACAUUUCUUAACGUGCCCCUCGCCCCAUCGAAAGACACUUAGUUACGUUAGGCAUUAAGCAGCCGCUUGUCACUUGUUGAGGUGGCCGCAUUAGCAGCAAGCAAACCACCUUAAGCACUUAAGAUGGCACUUAGUGAUCGAUUGUGGGGAUGAUAGACGAAACUUCACUUAAACACCUUGCGAUAGGACGGUGCGACUUUCUUUGAUCGUCAAACUCUCGAAGCAAUACACAGAAAUCUCAGUAUUUUCGCAUUUUAUACAUGCAUUACAUACAGAUUUACAAAUAUUUUCGGACGUAAUUUACAAAAAAAAACAAGGAAUAAAUUGUAUGUAAGAAUAGCGGAAGCAGAGCAUAACAUAGGUAAGGAAACACUCGAUCGAACACCUUGCCACACAUCUUAAGCUAAGUAAACUUUGUAGAACCUCUUGCUGCCCUCAAGUGGUCGCUGAUACCACGCGGGGGUUAAGACUAAUUUAUCAAGGCAGACACAGCCAAUAAACGAUAGAAGCUAGGGAUUGUUUUUUUCUUUUGUAUAGCGAAACAAA